AUGGAGAAGUUAGCUAAAGGCUUCUUAGUGUGUUUAUGUCUAUGGUGUUUCUUCUCGCUAUCUUACGCCGCAAGGUCAGGCGUAUCUAAGCAGAAGCUUGAAGUGAAGAAACACUUGAACAGGUUGAACAAACCUGCAGUCAAAAGCAUUCAGAGUCCAGAUGGUGAUAUGAUUGACUGUAUUCCAAUCACAAAGCAACCAGCUUUUGAUCAUCCUUACCUCAAAGAUCACAAGAUCCAGAUGAAGCCUAAUUACCAUCCUGAAGGACUCUUUGAUGAUAACAAAGUAGUGUCUACUAAUUCAAAAGAGAAAGAAAUUCAUAUCCCUCAGUUAUGGCAUAAGUAUGGUAAAUGUCCUGGAGGAACCAUUCCUAUGAGGAGGACAAAGGAAGAUGAUGUCUUGAGAGCUAGUUCUGUUAAAAGAUAUGGCAAGAAGAAGCAUAGAACUGUUCCUUUACCUAAAUCUGCAGAACCUGACCUUAUCAACCAAAGUGGUCACCAACAUGCUAUAGCUUAUGUGGAAGGAGAUAAGUACUAUGGAGCUAAGGCGACUAUUAAUGUUUGGGAGCCAAAGAUACAGCAGCAGAAUGAGUUCAGUUUGUCACAGAUUUGGCUUCUCGGUGGCUCAUUCGGACAAGAUUUGAACAGUAUCGAAGCUGGUUGGCAGGUGAGUCCGGAUCUGUAUGGUGACAAUAACACAAGACUCUUCACUUAUUGGACUAGUGAUGCGUAUCAAGCUACUGGCUGUUACAAUCUUCUUUGCUCGGGUUUUAUUCAAAUCAACAGCGACAUAGCAAUGGGAGCAAGCAUUUCCCCUGUCUCUGGAUAUCGUAACUCGCAGUACGAUAUCAGUAUCCUAAUCUGGAAGGAUCCAAAAGAGGGACACUGGUGGAUGCAGUUUGGGAACGGUUAUGUGUUAGGCUACUGGCCAUCGUUUCUCUUCUCCUACUUAACUGAAAGUGCAUCGAUGAUUGAAUGGGGAGGAGAAGUAGUGAACUCGCAAUCAGAUGGUCACCACACUUCAACACAAAUGGGUAGUGGUAAGUUUCCAGAAGAAGGCUUUAGCAAAGCAAGUUACUUCAGGAACAUUCAAGUGGUUGAUUCGUCAAACAACCUCAAGGCACCUAAAGGACUCGGAACAUUCACUGAACAGUCUAACUGUUACGAUGUUCAACCCGGUAACAAUGAUGAUUGGGGUCAUUACUUCUACUAUGGAGGUCCUGGUAAAAACGAAAAGUGUCCAUAA